AUGCCUUCAGAGGACCCAAUCAGUGAAGUCACUGCAGUCAGUCACAGGUGGCAGGCCCUGUUCUACAAGGCGCAGCUCUCGCCUCCACCCUCAGCCAAAGAUAAAGAAGAAAGAAGAGAAGUCAUGCGCUGAUUCACACUACAUUUACAAAGCAAUAGACUUUUAGUAUUCAUUUUCCACCUCUCUUGCUGCAGUGGUUGAUUUUCCUUCAAUGGCAUUUCAUAAGGAAGAUAGCCAGGAGGACGCGCGAGAGUGUCCAGUGUGCUACGAGAGUCUGUCGGGCACAGAGAGGACUCUGAGCUGCGGACAUGUAUUCUGCCACGACUGUCUGGUCAAAACGCUGGUCAGCAUCAACAACAGCACUCUCAGAGACACUAUUGUUUGCCCUAUCUGCCGACAUCUUACAUUCAUCAAGAAACAAAAGGAAGCGCUCGUGUCCCUCGUGGCGGACAAGGAUCCAGAUGAAGUGCAGACCCUGGAGGUGCCUCUCCCGCCACCAAGACAGCUCCAGAGCGCACGGCGCGACUUCACGGACCGUUUACCGAGGGAAGUUAAUUGGAUUGUUCGCUGCUUUAGGGGAAUGUCUGAAGGAAUUCGUCGACAUAGGUUGAUUAGCCCCAGCCAUAAUGCAUCUCAGAUCUUUAUCAUAAGCACUCAGGGGCGACCCAUGGCUGAAGACGAUGCGCUCAGUGUUGUGAUGACUGUGGUUCAACCCCAGCGCAGGCAAAGGCGCAGGAUUUGCACAACUGCACGAUGCCUGCUCGUUUUGCUGUCAGCAUUUACUAUACUGGCACUGGUGGCUGCAACUUUACCCUGGGUUUUGUUGGCAUAGCCCAGUGAUGUGGAUGUGGAUUAUGAAGUGCCAAUAGGAAAUGAUAAACUGACAUUUAUAGAAAACAUCGUCCCAUCCAUGGAAUGUCCUUUAUGUGCAUUACCAAGCAACAGUCUUAAGUAAAGUAAAGGUUAAAGCCUUGACAGUUUAGUCUUUUGUUUUGCAUCCCUGUCUAUGGCAUGUUCUACGUGUUUUAUGAAAAGCAAACGUGACAAUUUCAAAGCACACCCAAAAGUUUGUAAAUCCAACAAGAGUGGACAUUUGAAAUUAUAAUGUUAACAAUAAAAAAAGGAUUUUGGCAGAAAAAAAUGCAAUAAAAACCAAUUAACCAUAGGCCUACUUAAUCUCGUGGUUGUUAAAGCAGCUCAAGUCAUUGUUGUGUUACUCUGUUGUUGGAAACACUGUUUCCAAGCAGUGGGAAAAAAACUGUAAACUGCAGAGCUACAACAUCUAUCCCACUUUAAGGAUUAUUUUCUGUGUCUGCAUUAUGUGCUCAAAAGAAAAAUAAGGGGUUACAUUUCGACAGCAAGAGCUUGGCUCAUUGAGGAAAGUGUGAUAAUAAACACCCUGUUAAAACA